AUGAAAAGCAAAAAAGAAUAUAGAAUUAUAAGAAAUAAUAUUCUUUCGACGGGCAAAGAAACAGUUGUUUUUGGUGAUACAACGCACGCUGCUUCAAUCACUAAGAUACUUGUUCGAGAAAUGGGGAUUCGUGUGAGUUGUGCAGGUACUUAUUGCAAACAUGAUGCGGAAUGGUUCAAAGAGCAAAUUCAAGGUUUCUGCGAUGAAAUACUGAUCACAGAUGAUCAUGCUGAGGUAGGAGAUAUGAUCGCUCACAUGGAACCAUCUGCAAUAUUUGGUACUCAAAUGGAACGUCAUAUUGGUAAACGUCUUGAUAUUCCUUGUGGAGUUAUUUCUGCACCAGUUCAUAUACAAAACUUUCCCUUGGGAUACCGACCCUUUCUAGGUUACGAAGGUACUAAUCAAAUAGCUGAUCUAGUUUAUAACUCAUUUGCUCUGGGUAUGGAGGACCAUCUUCUAGAUAUUUUUGGUGGUCAUGAUACUAAAGAAAUAAUAUCCAAAUCAUUGUCUACGGAUAUAGGCCUAAUUUGGAAUCCUGAAAGUCGACUAGAAUUAAGUAAAAUUCCUCGUUUUGCCAGAGAAAAGGUAGAAAGAAAUACUGAGAAAUUUGCACGACAAAAGGGGAUUGAAACCAUUACUGUCGAAGUAAUGUACGCAGCUAAAGAAGCGUUGAAUACCUAG